AUGGAGAGAAGAGAGCUGUUUAACAUACAGAUAAACACAAACGAGUACGAGGAGCAGCAAAGCAUAGAUACCAAGGAGAAGAAGAGGCCCAAAAAGAUAAUAUCCAAGAAAAAAAUCUCAUUGUACAAAACUGAAAUUUGCAAGAGUUUUGAAAAUAGCAACUUCUGCACGUACGGAGACAAGUGCCAGUUUGCGCACUCGCUGAGCGAGCUGAGAGACAUAGAAAGGCACCCUCGCUACAAAACCGAGCUGUGCAAAACAUACACAAUUUUUGGCGAGUGCACGUAUGGAAAAAGGUGCUGCUUCAUACACGCAGGCCCCAGCGAAGAUAAACACACAGACUUGCAGGACGCCAGAAACAUACCAGGCGACUGGAAAAUACCAGGCGUCCACGCGUCCGAGAUAGAGAUGAACAGCAUAGAGGAAGAAGAAGCUGCAAAAAACGUUGGAUCUCUGCUGGGCCUGGAAGAUCUGAAAAAGAUAAAGAACUUGGCCGCGUUCAAGAUUAAGCCCUCCUUCGCACAGCACAAGCCUCUGGGAAGCGCUCUCUCCAAUAUACCUCCAGAAAUAUUUAUAGGCCCGAGGCACAGCAGCUCCAACAUAUGGGUUAAGCCACAUUUUUGCUUUAUUUUUGUUGACUCUUCAAGUCGAGUUUCUCACACCAUUCCGCUAGGAAAGUCGCCAGGGUCUAUUUCCCACACAAAAGAUUACAGCAAAUAA